ACUUGCUUUGCCCGCCCCUCGCCUGCCCUCCGCCGCGAAUAGCAUCGUGCUCAUCUAACCACCCCCGACCUGAACACUGCGCGCGCCCUGCACCCGUCCAAAUGUGCUUGUGCGCAGAGCUCUGAUCGCUGUCUCGGCGAGCUUGAUCGGGUUAACUCUUUCGUUUGCACGCUCCGAUAGCCUGGAACACAACGUCCACCUGCCGCUGCCACUGCCUCGACUGUUACUAUUGCUACUGCUGCCGCCGCCGCCGCCAUACACCGCCUCGUACCACCUCCCCCCGCUGUCCUUCUUUCGCGCCGUGGCGCCCAGGGCUGGCGGCGAUUCGAGCUCCAUCCCCCCACUGCACCACCCAGGCAGGCCGCUUCACGUCCUCCGCGAGCGAUGACGCUGCGGACGUCGUAGCACUCCCGCUGGCUACUUGUCCAACGUCCGCAACACCGUUUUCCUUCAGCUCCCGCCGCCCACGCUGGAUCGGUUGGCGGUCCAGUACAGAUGGGCAACUCCAAUGGCAAGCCCGUAGUCCUCACCGACGAGGUCAACCUCAAUCACUUCCGUCUGCUGCGCGUGGUGGGCAAGGGCGCAUUUGGCAAGGUCCGCAUAGUGGAGCGAAAAGACACAGGCUUGACGUUCGCGCUCAAGUAUAUCAGGAAAGAUGAGGUGGUUAGGUCGGAGAGUGUGCGGAAUAUCAUUCGAGAGCGGCGUAUGCUGGAGCACCUGAACCACCCGUUCCUGUGCAACCUGCGCUACAGUUUUCAGGACAUGGAGUACCUGUACAUUGUCGUUGAUCUCAUGAAUGGAGGCGAUUUGCGAUUUCACAUUUCACGAAAGACUUUCACGGAAGAGGCUGUACGUUUCUGGAUUGCUGAGCUCGGCUGCGCCCUCAGAUACAUACACAAGCAAGGCAUUGUGCAUCGAGACGUCAAGCCCGAUAAUGUGCUCCUAGAUUCGGAAGGUCAUGUGCACUUGGCCGACUUCAAUGUUGCUUCCGACAUCACUCCCGGAAAACCGCUCACGAGCAAAUCAGGAACGUUGGCAUACUUGGCACCAGAGGUUUACUCUGGGAAAGGGUACUAUUCCGAAGUCGAUUGGUGGUCUUUGGGCGUGCUCUUCUACGAAUGCAUUUACAAUCGGCGCCCGUUUGAGGCGAACCAUCACGAUGCACUAGCACAAGCGAUCGUCAGAGCCGAUCCUCCAUUUCCAGUGACAUCGCCACCCGUUUCCAUGCCAUGUCUGCAUGCUAUCAGUUCACUACUGGAGAAGAACAAGCAUCUGCGGAUUGGUGCUGCCGGGUGGGAGACAUUCACGGAUAACCCAUUCUUCAGAGAGAUUGAUUUUGUUGCCUUGGAACACAAGGAGUACGAGCCCAUCUUCUGCCCGUCGAGCGAAAAGACCAAUUUUGACGCCACUUAUGAUCUCGAGGAGCUUCUCCUUGAGGAAGCACCACUGGAGGCUCGCGCACGCAAACAAAAGCCUCGGGCAGAGUUGCGAGAGGAUGCAACGCAGCAAGAGAUCCGCGCGGAUGAGCUGCACCGAAUGAUCGAAACUAUGUUUGAACCUUUCAACUACACUGCAGUGCCCCAGGACCGAAGUCCGGUAGCAUCAGUGACUGGGUCUCCAAACACGACUAAAUCAUCGACGAGGUCUGCACGAGACAGAGACCUGGACCCCAACUAUGCGCGACAGCAGGGGCUUGAGAAGACAAGAUCGGUCCCGACACCACGCUCGAAUACACCGGGAAGCGUGUCAAGGACGCGCUCCUCAACACAUUCUCCCGACGGCUCACCUCCUCUGCCUGCCGCAGCACUGGAGAUAGGCGUGGCUGUCAGCCACCCAUCUGAAUACCCAAUACCGCCGACAUCAGAACCCUCUCCAUACGCGAACCCUGAUCCUCGAGAGACGGGGAGAUCACGCCCCAUGAGAUUCGAGAACCCAGCGAAUGCAGCACCUCCACCACCGACCAAUAGAGGCUACCAGCAACAUCGACAGCGAGGGUCGACGAGGAGCACAUCACAAGGUGGAGGCGUGCAAGUUGUGCUUAACGAGCAGGGGAGCUGGACCGACAUGGCGAAUCAAAGUCAAGCGAUGGUGGCUGACGAAGCGCGAAGAGCAGAACGACCUUCGGGCAUGCUGGGCUUUCUCAGCCGCAAAAAGGGAAGAGAUCGAAGCCCGAAAGCGAAAGAAAAGGAGAGAGGAGUUUUGGGGAAAGAAGGGGCGAGAGUCAUCAUCAGCCAUGGUUGAAAAGCAUGGGUUCUUGCAGGAUGUCCUGUCCAGUUGCGCUUUCUAUCAGGCGAAAUCCGUCUGGUAUGCAUGACUUCGCAUCGUUGUGCUUGUUCUCAUUCGCAAGCAUGCAUAUGUAGUGGUAUCCGGAAACAGGGCAGGCCGUCGAAUGGCCCUGGGAGUGGGGAGGUGAGGAUGAGAUGGAGAGCGUGACGAGGCGAAUAGUCGUCAGCGUCGAUGCACAUAUAUACCCGAGGUCAUAGAGUGUACAAUACUUGCGGUCGAGUUGUUAGCGGGCCUCCACUUGACGAAUGCAGAAAUGCGCCUGAGACAGUGUGUGGUUGUUGGUCACGGUCAAACCCA